AAACAUCAACUAAUGGGCAUGCGCCGUAAACAUAAGGAAGUGCGGAAACAUUUAUGCGCUUUUUUCAGCUGAGUUGGUUCAUUUCUAAAGCUGGUACUUUGUGCUCCAUAUUAUUGAUCUAACCCGGGAUAGUUUGAUCCCGUAGACCGGACUAAAGCUGUGAGGGAAGGCGGACUUAAAGAUGCCCCGCAGAAAGAGGACCGCCGGUAGCAGUUCAGAUGGGACCGAGGACUCAGACUUUUCGGCCGACCUGGAGCCCACAGAGUCUGAGAGCGCACGCAGACGCAGCAGCACACGGCUGACCAGAGCAUCUGCACGACGGAGCCAGAGCGCACAAGAGAACUCCAGCUCGGUUCGGUGCAGUUCUCCUGCAGCCGUGGGUCCAGACGAAGGCCUCGACUCAGCGGCAGAGUCUGCAGCAGCAGCAGAAGAGGAGGAGGAGGAGGAGGAGCAGCAGGAGGAGCAGGAGGAGGAACAGGCCACAUCUGUGUUGUCGUCCGGACGCAGGGUGACGCGCAGCCAGCAGGGGGCGACAAACAGCAGCAGUACAGCCAAGAAGUACCCACUGAGACAGAGCAGAUCUACUGGAUCUGAUACAGAGGGACAGGAUCUGAAGCAGGGGGCGGACCGGGAUGAGACCCCCCCCCGCACCCCCACGGGCAACGCCCCAUCCUCGGAGUCCGACAUCGAAGUGUCCAGCCCCGGCAACGACCCGGUGUCGUCCGGCAACGACGUCGUAGUUUCACAAGAAGAAGACGAGAGGUUGGCCAAGGAGCUGUCACUCAAAGAGGCCGCCGCCCACGACCUCUCCCACCGCCCCAAACGCCGGCGUUUCCACGAAAGCUACAACUUCAACAUGAAGUGUCCCACGCCAGGAUGCAACUCACUGGGUCAUUUAACCGGCAAACAUGAGAGACAUUUCUCUAUAUCAGGAUGUCCUCUAUACCACAACCUAUCUGCUGACGAAUGCAAGGGGAAGGCAACGACACGAGACAAACAGAGUGAGGAGAGGACGCUGUCGCACCGCCAAGAUGAAAACAGACACUCUACAAGGAACCAGGCGCCCAGCGACCGUCAGCUGCGAUACAAGGAGAAGGUGACGGAGCUGAGGAGGAAGAGGAACUGUGGCCUCAACAAGGACCAGAAGGACAAGUACAUGGACCAUCGUCAGAGUCAUGGGUCCAGUCGGGAGCCUCUUCUGGAGAACAUCACCAGUGACUACGACCUGGAGCUGUUCAGGAAAGCGCAGGCACGUGCCUCGGACGACCUUGAGAAGCUGCGUUUGUCUGGUCAGGUGUGUGAGGGCAGUAACAUGAUUAAGACCAUGGUGUUUGGACGCUACGAGCUGGACACCUGGUACCACAGCCCCUACCCAGAGGAGUAUGCCCGCCUGGGGAGGCUCUACAUGUGCGAGUUCUGCCUCAAAUACAUGAAGAGCCAGACCAUCCUGAGACGCCACAUGGCUAAGUGUGUGUGGAAACAUCCUCCAGGUGAUGAGAUCUACAGAAAAGGAAACAUUUCUGUGUUUGAGGUGGACGGAAAGAAGAACAAGAUCUACUGUCAGAACCUGUGUCUGUUGGCCAAACUCUUCCUGGACCACAAGACUCUGUACUACGACGUGGAACCGUUCCUGUUCUACGUCAUGACUGAAGCAGAUACCACCGGAUGCCACCUGGUCGGGUACUUCUCUAAGGAGAAGAACUCCUUCCUGAACUAUAAUGUGUCCUGUAUCCUCACCAUGCCUCAGUACAUGAGGCAGGGCUUUGGAAAAAUGCUCAUCGACUUCAGUUACCUUUUGUCCAAAGUGGAGGAGAAGGUGGGUUCUCCGGAGCGCCCCCUGUCUGACCUGGGCCUCAUCAGUUACAGGAGCUACUGGAAGGAGGUGCUGCUGCGAUACCUCAACAACUUCCAGGGCAAAGAGAUCUCCAUCAAAGAGAUCAGUCAGGAGACGGCGGUGAACCCAGUGGACAUCGUCAGUACUCUUCAGUCUCUGCAGAUGCUCAAGUACUGGAAGGGAAAACACCUGGUGUUAAAGAGACAGGACCUCAUUGACGACUGGAAGGCGAAGGAAACCAAACGAGGAAACAGCAAAACCAUCGACCCCACCGCCUUAAAGUGGACUCCACCCAAGGGGACGUAGAGGGAGGGGCUUCUGUUCACACACACGUACACACAGACACAUGCACACACACGCACACACACAUGCACACACACACACACACACACACGCACGCACACACACCUGCACACACGUACACGCACACACACACACACACACACACACACACACUGUUAGUCUGGGUUCAGCAGCCGCUCACAUCUGACUCCGCCCACCCCACCCUGAGCCCACCCAGGCCACGCCCCCACAUCAUUGUACCAAACAGAGUUGUGUCUAGAG